AUGGGCAACGCGGCCGGGGGCAUGGAGGGGGGGGCGGCGGGGCGGGAGGGCCGUGAGGGCCGGUUCCCGGCGCCCCCCCCCCCCACCGCCGCCGCCGCCGCCCCGCCGCCCGCCCGGCAGCCCAUCCCCGCCGCCGCCGAGCUGGAGGAGCGCUUCGGCCGCGUCCUGAACUCCAUGAACCUGCCCCCGGACAAGAUGAACCUGCUUAACCAGUACGACGACGAGAAGAAGUGGGAGCUCAUCUGUGAUCAGGAGCGGUUCCAGGUGAAAAACCCACCGUCCGCCUACAUCCAGAAGCUGAAGAGCUACUUGGACACGGGUGGUGUAAGCAGGAAGUUCAAGAGGCAAGUGCAGGAGUCAACGCAGGUGCUCCGGGAGCUGGAGAUUUCCUUGAGGACCAACUACAUUGGCUGGGUCCAGGAGUUCCUCAACGAGGAGAACAAGGGGCUGGAUGUGCUGGUGGAGUAUCUCGCCUUCGCCCAGUGCUCCGUCACGUACGACAUGGAGAGCGCCGAGAAUGGCAGCCCGGGCUCCGACAAGGGCAAGGGCCUGGAGCGGUCGCUGGAGGACCUGAGCAAAAGCAACUCCUCGUCCCCCACCCAGGGCUCCUCCAAAGUGCGGCACCUCACCGUCAGGCUGAACCCCUCGCACAGCAGGAAGGCGCUGAGGAACUCCCGCCUCAUCAGCCAGAAGGACGACGUCCACGUCUGUAUCAUGUGUCUCCGCGCCAUCAUGAACUACCAGUCUGGCUUCAGCCUGGUGAUGAACCACCCAGCCUGUGUCAACGAGAUCACCCUGAGCCUCAACAACAAGAACGCCAGGACCAAGGCGCUGGUGCUGGAGCUGCUGGCUGCCGUCUGCCUGGUCCGAGGUGGCCACGACAUCAUCCUGGCCGCCUUCGACAACUUCAAGGAGGUCUGCGGGGAGAAGAACCGCUUCGAGAAGCUGAUGGAGUAUUUCCGAAACGAGGACACCAACAUCGACUUCAUGGUGGCCUGCAUGCAGUUCAUCAACAUCGUGGUGCACUCGGUGGAGAACAUGAACUUCCGCGUCUUCCUGCAGUACGAGUUCACCCACCUGGGGCUGGACCACUACCUGGAGAGCCUCCGUCUCACCGAGAGCGACAAGCUGCAGGUGCAGAUCCAAGCCUACCUGGACAACGUCUUCGACGUGGGGGCCAUGCUGGAGGACUCGGAGACGAAGACGGCCGUGCUGGAGCACAUGGAGGAGCUGCAGGAGCACGUCAACCAGUUGACGGAGAAGCUGCAGGAUGCGGAGAACGACUCCAUGGCCAAGAUAGCGGAGCUGGAGAAGCAGCUGAGCCAGGCGCGGCGGGAGCUGGAGGUGUUGCGGGAGCAGCUGAGCCCACCGCGGCCACCCAGCCCGCCGGCCCCGCAGCCCCAGGAGUGCUACCGGCUGGCGCUGGAGCGGCGGCUGGUGGAGCUGGAGGAGAAGGGGUUGGUGCAGAUCCUGCGUAGGCCCGACGGAGACGUCGCCAUCGAAAUUGUCCCCGUCGUCAUAGAAACCCCGGCAGCGCCCGUGGUUACGGGAGAGGCCACCGCCGCCACCACCACCACCGCCACCACUACCACCAGCAAUGCUCCGGCUCCGGCCCCAUCUCCCCCACCAGCACCCCCCGGCCCCCCGCCCCCCCCGCCUCCACCCCCCCCGCCACUGCCGGGGGCUGAGCCCGGCCCCCCGCUGCCCCCCGCACCCCCACUGCCCGCAGGCACCGGCCCCCCCCCAGCCCCUCCUCUCCCGGGUGACCAAGCGCCACCCCCCCCCCCACUGCCCCCGGGGGGGCUGGAGGGCCCCGUCCCUCCCCCUCCACCACCCCCCCCCCUCGGCGGGGAGCUCCCAGCCGCACCGGGUGACCCCCACGCCGCUGGCGGUUCAGUGAAGGUGAAGAAGCCGAUCCAGACCAAGUUUCGCAUGCCCGUCUUCAACUGGGUGGCACUGAAGCCGAGCCAGAUCGAUGGCACCGUCUUCACCGAGCUCAACGACGAGAAGGUGCUGCAGGAGCUGGACAUGAGUGACUUUGAGGAGCAGUUCAAGACCAAGGCGCAGGGCCCCGCCUUGGAUAUCAAUGCCCUCAAGGUGAAGGCCACGCAGAAGGCUCCCAGCAAGGUCACCCUCAUGGAGUCCAACCGAGCCAAGAACCUGGCCAUCACCCUCCGCAAGGGCGGCCGCAGCAUCCAGGACAUCUGCACGGCCAUCGAGACGUACAACCAGCAAGCCCUGAGCCUUGACUUUCUGGAGCUGCUGCUGCGCUUCCUUCCCACCGAGUAUGAGCGGACGCUCAUCGGGAAGUUCGAGCGGGAGCAGAAGCCGCCGGAGGAGCUCUCGGACGAGGACCAGUUUAUGAUCCGCUUCAGCAAGAUCCCGCGCCUGGCCGAGCACAUGAAUGUCAUGAUCUUCCUGGGCAACUUCAACGACACGGCCCAGCUGCUCAUGCCGCAACUCAACGCCAUCAUCGCCGCCUCCAUGUCCCUCAAGUCCUCCAGCAAACUGCGCAACAUCCUCGAGAUCGUCCUGGCCUUUGGGAACUAUAUGAACAGCAGCAAGCGCGGGGCAGCCUACGGCUUCCGGCUGCAGAGCCUCGACGCGCUCCUGGAGAUGAAGUCAACGGACCGCAAGCAAACGCUGCUGCAUUACCUGGUGCGGGUGAUCACGGAGAAGUACCCUGAGCUGACCGGCUUCCACACCGAGCUGCACUUCCUCGACAAGGCGGGCACAGUCUCCCUGGACAGCGUGUUGCAGGACGUGCGGAGCCUGCAGCAGGGGAUGGAGCUGACCCGCAAGGAGUUCAUGCGGCAGGACGACAGCCCCGUGCUCAAGGACUUCCUCAAGGUCAAUUCGGAGGUGAUGGAGAAGCUGCAGGCUGACAGCAAAACCGCCAAGGAGGCAUACGAGUCGGCUGUGGAGUACUUCGGGGAGAAUCCCAAGACCAGUCCCCCCACCACCUUCUUCCCCAUGUUCAUGCGCUUCAUCAGGGCCUACAAGAAAGCAGAGCAGGACAUCGAGCUGUGGAAGAAACAAGAGGCCGCGGCCAAAGAGGCAGAAUCCGGCUCCCCAAGCAGCGAGGACCAGCCCGAGCCGCAGUUGCCCAUCCAGAAAGCCAAGCGGCAGCAGAUGGACAUGAUCGCAGAGCUGAAGAAGAAGCAGAUGGUGAAGGAGCCGCUCCUCUACAAAGGAAAAGACAGGACCAUCGAGGAUAUUAUUACAGAUCUGCGGAACAACCCUUACCGACGCGCAAACAAGGGCCACGGCAGCACCAAGAAACGGGCUGCAGGGCAGAGCCUGCAGGCGACGCCGGACAUCUCGCUGUGACCGGCGCCCGUCCCUGCAGCUGCCGGAUGGGACCGCACGACAUCAACGAUGCGGGGCGGAGGGACAGUGCCUGCUCCUAGCUGCUCCAGCCGCUUAGCGUGCCAACUGCCACCCUGCAUGCCCUUGGGUCCGGCGCAGGGAUCCCCCGGCGCUUGCUUAGCGAUGCCUCUGAGCUCCUCUCCUCCAGGCUGGCAGGGCUGGGGGACCCUCCUGGGUAUGGGCAGGGAGGGGGGAGCACAGAAAGGGCCCCAAUUUGUCCUGGAAGGAAAAGAGGGGCUGCCCCAUCCCCACCCCAGAGCUGCUCCGUUGCACGCCUGUCUCAGGGUCAGCCCUGCGCGCUGGUGUGCCCCACUCUUCAGCUUGCUGGUGCCUUUGAUUUCCCGCUGCAGGAGGGGAGGAGGGUUGUAAGCCAGGGACGCAGCCGUCCCUGCAUGUCUCCCCCAGCCCUUUGAGACCCGUGUUCGCUUCCGCUGCAGAGCUGAGCAGGCACGGUCUGCGCCUCCUCUCCAGCAAGGAGCCUGCUGCAAAGAUCCCACCCUGGGCACUUCCCGUACCCCAGGAGCUGGCAGGGGUGCUAUUUUACAGUGAUUUUAUACGUCUUCCUUAAAAUUUCUCUGUGUUACGGGAGCAGGGACUGGAACACCCAUAUACAGGAUCCUAAGGCUGUGGUGAGCAGCACUGAGCUGGUCCUCGCCACAGGAGAGACUCCGUAGCUCUGAUAAUCAGCAGCAGGGUCAAGGGGUUACUGUCCUCACGUCUCUGCGAGGUGGUACCUAGCUCUGCCCACCCGCAGCCCCGGCAUCCGCCUCCGCUGUUGGGGCUGGAGCCUCUGGGAGACAGCAGUGACCAUCAGCCCUCGGGGAGCGCGAGGCUGCUCCCCGUUAGCCAGCCGUUGCAGGACGCAACAUGCAGUAGGUGCUCGGCAGCCUCCAGCCCCUGCAGCAAACACCGCGAUUCCAAACCGCUGCAGGGUCCCUGCUGAAAUCACGCAGCAGGAAGAGGCCAGAGAGCUGCACAAGCCUCCAAAUAACGCACUGGACUCGAUUCCUCCCCUGCCCCGCUGCUGAUGAGUAAAGCCGAACCAUGCACUGUCGCAAUUAACCUGUUAGCGCAUUUGCUUCGUUAAACGGCCCCUGCUCGCCCUGCCGCGAGGACGCGUGGCUGCCGUGUACAUUCUCGCUAGCCCCAGCUUUUGGACCAGGGUCAGUCCUCGCCAUAAGCCAGAGCAGCGACUGCUUCCUGCUGUAAUUAAGACGCCAAGUGCCAACGGGCUCAGUAUCGCACACAAGCUCAAAGGGGAGGGAAGGGAAAUGAAUGUGUAACUUAUAAAUGCCUUUAAGCCAGAAAUGUAAAACAUUAACUGCUAAUUUGUAUACAUUAUUUUUAUAUACUGAAGGCCUGUUUAAUCUAAAGCAGAACUGGUA